AUCUUAAAAAUCCAAAGAGGAACAGAACUUUGGAGUUUGGAGUCUCGUCUCAACCAGCAAAAAAAAAAUCCGACCACCGAUGUCCUCCCCAGCACAACCAACCGCCGCCACGCAACUCCGCCAACGCCUCCGUCCAUGGGCCCAAUUUUUUAGCCUAUCCACCUUCAGUCUCCCAAUCUCCCUCUCCGACACCACCUACCGGAUCAACCAAAACCUCCGCUUCUUCUUCCCAAACUACACUCUCCUCGUCCUAUUAGUCCUCUUCCUCAGCCUAAUCUACCACCCUCUUUCCCUCAUCAUCUUCCUCGUCAUCUUCGCCGGAUGGCUCUUUCUCUACUUCUCCAGAAACCCUGAUGACCCAUUGAUCAUCUUGAACUUUGAAAUAAGUGAUAAGAUUGUUUUGGGGCUUCUGGGCUUGGUUACUUUGGUUGCCCUAAUUUUUGCUAAGGUCUGGCUGAACGUCGUCGUAUCAGUGGUGAUUGGAGUGGUGAUUGUCUGCUUACAUGGUGCAUUGAGAGCUCCCGAGGAGGAUUUGGAGUCUCCUUAUGGGUCUUUGCUUUCUGAUGUAACUAGCCCAUCAGGAGACUAUACUAUGGUUUAGGAUUUCAAUUGAUGAAAGUUCUACUUGAUCAAAUUUUCUGGGUUUGGAUUAUUUUGGAAUAUAUCAGCAGGGAUUUAUGGAAAGGAUAGUAAUUUUUAGAAUGUUAAAUUCUGGAUUUUGUAUUUCCUGUUUUAAGCUUUUGUAGUUGUAUUUCUUCCGAUGAAAAAUGAUUUGGAUUGAAGAAUAAUAUUUGACUGUCUUUCUUCA